UCCCAUCCCCAUGGAUAAGCGUUCCCUACUGGGUCCAGCUUCACAAUGUUCAAGCUGGCCUUGGCCAUUGGAGGCGAAUCCCCAUACCUCGAGGAAGGCCUCAAGACCCAGAUGAGAGGAAGGCGGGUCACCACAGAGAGAGGGAGGCGUACUCUGUGGCCCAGGACGCGCGUGACGUCACGUCCGCUGGGCGGGGCCUCGAGAUCCCGCGCAAAUUGAAAGGUCCCCGGCUGCGCUUGCAGCAGCAUUGGCAGCGGCUUGCUGGUGUCCUGCGCCCCGAUGCAGGUUUGAGUAACCGCAGCGCCUGGAGUGGGCUUGCGGGCCAUGCCUGUUCAUUCCCGGGAGACACGAUUACGGAGGAGCCGCGGCUGCUGUUACCUGGGGUGCCACGGGCGAUCUCCUGGGGUUGGUGUGCCAUAUGGCGCUCAGUCACUCCUGUGCUAAAGAGGAAAUAUUUACUGGAGAUUUACUUAACCUAGAAGAAAUUUACUGAAGUUUCGUAAAAAAUCUGUUUUUGCACAGCGGACAUGUUUUCAUGUUGCUGGAGUACAGCCUUCACUCACUUGGCACGAUGGGGAUUCAGGGACUACUUCAGUUCAUCAAGGAAGCUUCGGAACCCAUCAAUGUGAAGAAGUACAAAGGACAGGCAGUCGCAGUGGAUACAUACUGCUGGCUUCACAAAGGAGCUAUCUCUUGUGCUGAAAAGCUAGCCAAAGGGGAACCUACAGAUAAGUAUGUAGGAUUUUGUAUGAAGUUUGUUAAUAUGUUGCUGUCCCAUGGAGUCAAGCCUAUUCUUGUCUUUGAUGGAUGCACCUUACCUUCUAAGAAGGAAGUGGAGAGAUCUCGGAGGGAGAGACGACAAAGCAACCUUCUUAAAGGGAAGCAGCUUCUUCGAGAGGGCAAAGUGUCAGAAGCCCGAGAAUGCUUCACUCGCUCUGUCAACAUUACCCAUGCCAUGGCCCACAAAGUGAUAAAGGCUGCCCGUGCCCUGGGAGUGGACUGCCUAGUGGCUCCCUAUGAAGCAGAUGCUCAGUUGGCCUAUCUUAACAAAGCUGGAAUUGUGCAAGCUGUCAUCACAGAGGACUCUGACCUCCUGGCAUUCGGCUGUAAGAAGGUGAUUUUAAAAAUGGACCAGUUUGGCAAUGGACUGGAAGUGGACCAGGCACGACUGGGCAUGUGCAGGCAGCUUGGGGACGUGUUCACGGAGGAGAAGUUCCGGUACAUGUGUAUUCUGUCGGGCUGUGACUACCUCUCCUCCCUGCGUGGGAUCGGCUUAGCAAAGGCCUGCAAAGUCCUGAAGCUGGCCAACAACCCGGACAUCGUCAAGGUUAUCAAGAAAAUUGGGCAGUAUCUCAAGAUGAAUAUAACGGUGCCGGAGGAUUACAUCACGGGGUUCAUCCGAGCCAACAACACUUUCCUCUACCAGCUGGUGUUCGACCCCAUCCAGAGGAAGCUGGUCCCUCUGAAUGCCUAUGGCAAUGACGUUGACCCAGAAACUCUGAGUUAUGCAGGGCAGUAUGUCGAUGAUUCCGAAGCUCUACAAAGAGCGCUUGGAAACAGAGAUAUAAAUACUUUCGAGCAGAUUGAUGACUACAGUCCAGACACUAUGCCUGUCCACUCAAGAAGUCAUAGCUGGAAUGACAAAUCAUGUCAGAAGUCACCUGUUGCCAACAGCAUUUGGCACAGGAAUUACUGUCCUAGACGUGAGGUGAAUGGUGUUUCCCAUGCUCCUCCAUUGACGGAAAAUUCAAGUACUGUGGGCCUCAAACAAGUGAUUAGUACUAAAGGGUUAAAUCUUCCCAGGAAGUCUUCCAUGGUGAAGAGACCAAGAAAUGAAGCUCUGUCUGAAGAUGACCUAUUGAGUCAGUAUUCCUCAUUUACAAAGAAGACCAAGAAAAACAGCUGUGGAGAUAACGCAGCUUUUAGUUCUUCUGAAAUGUCUGCACCCAUCCUGGAUGACGGGACUGCUCACAAGACAGAUGCAUACACUCCAUCUAGGACAAGGAACAAAUUCGCAGUGUUUUUACGGAGGAAGAAUGAAAAAAGUGGUGCAGUUGUAGUUCCGGGAACCAGAAGCAGGUUUUUUUGCAGUUCUCCAGAUUUUGACGACUUUGAACCAAAGAAAGCAAGCAGUCAGCCUCUAAAUGAAACUGCUGUCCCAGGCAAAGCCACUACCAGCCUCAGAGCACCAGACUGUCCAGGCACUGAUGGCCUCGGAGCACCAGACUGUCCAGGCACAGAUGGCCUCAGAGCACCAGACUCUCCAGGCACAGACGGCCUCAGAGAACCAGACUCUCCAGGCACAGACGGCCUUGGAGCCCUGGACUGUCCAGACACAGACGGCCAGAAGCUGGUUGGCAUAAGUGGGACACAGGAUCCAAGUGCUCAAAUCCCAGGCAGUGUGACUGUGUCUCCUGAUGAGGCUCAGUCUUCUAAGACCAGUAAAUUUGUAGACACUGUUUCCCCAUUCUCUCUGGGGACACUUAGAAGUUGUUUCAAUUGGUCAAGAACUCUUAGAGAUUUUUCAAGAACUCCAAGUCCCUCUUCAAGCACUGUAUUGCAGCAGUUCCGAAGAAAGAGCGAGUCCCCCUCCUGUCUACCAGAGAACUGUGCCUUGACUGACACGUGCCAUUCAAAAAGUGAGAUGUCAAAUGCUAAGGCUCCACCCUUGCAUGAGGUGGGCUGGUCCACACCAUCUCGGGAAAGCAUAGACUCUCUGUGCAGUUUAAAUGCAUCAAAUCUUUCUCAGCCUUCCAGUAAGGAUUCGGAUUCAGAGGAAUCGGAUUGUAACAGUAAAUCACUUGAUAAUCAAGGAAAUCAGAACUUCGAGCAACUGUUACCUCCCUUUUCAAAGACAGACACACUUGCAAGAAACAAGGUACCUGGGCUGUGUAGGUCUAGUUCUACGGACUCUCUCUCUACAACCAAGAUCAAGCCCCUGGUGCCUGCCAGAGUCAGUGGCCUGAGCAAGAAGCCAGGAAGUGUCCAGAAGAGAAAACACCAUGAUGCUGAGAACAAGCCAGGGCUGCAGAUAAAGAUCAGUGAACUCUGGAAAAACUUUGGGUUUAAAAAAGAUUCUGAAAAGCUUCCGUCCUGUAAGAAGCCCCUGUCCCCAGUCAAGGAUAACAUCCAGCUCACUCCAGAGUCAGAAGACGAGCUCUUUAACAAGCCCGAGUGUGCGCGCGCUCAGAGAGCAAUAUUCCACUGAGUGAGGACCACUGCCUGCAGGAAAGCUUUACCGGUUCCAGAGAUUAUUACUAUUGAUGCCAUUUUAAAAAUGGAAUGCAUUUUGUGUAUUAACUUUGUGACUUUUGCUCAGCUUUUUAUAUUGUCAUAGAAAGCUAACAAGAAGAAUAAAUCUGCCUUUCACAUUUCUGGGAUUUCAGUGCUAAAGGGAAAGUCUGAUGCUGAUAACAUCUAAAGGAUUUUCUAAUGUUAGUAGAGAAUGGAAAUAAUAAAGAAGCUUUAUAAAGAAAUAAAAACAUCACACACUAAAAUUAACCAGA